AUAUCAUACAUGUAGUCAUAACGUUUAACAAAAAAUGUGAGAUGAUUGAUAAGUGGAUUUAUUUUACAUUGUUACAUUUGCAGAUAAGGUUGGAUAUGAGUACGGACGGUCCAUGCAUAUUGUUUUACAUGGGAUGCUGUCCGGACACUGUUUGGGAUGCUCCUCUAAAGACUUGUGUUGAUUGUCCUCAUGGAUACGUCGGGAUGAACUGCACAGAACGAUGUAGGUAUCCAUAUUUUGGAAAGAGAUGUCAUGACGUGUGCAAGUGCAAUGAAGAAACUUGUGACCAUGCAAUUGGCUGUCCCCUCAACGUUAACCGGUUAUUAAAGUGGGUGUUCUACCUUCUCAUCAACCAGGUGAUCACGUGUUUCGAAAAUCUAGGAGAUACUUAAAUACAAAUUUUAAGGUGCGAUCUCAAUUAAACAUACUUUCAUUGUCUAUAUGUUUUAAUAAAAUGAUUGGGUACACGUUCAUAAAACUAAGAAUGGUGCUGAAUUAUUAAACUUGUUCUUGCUAUAUUGCAAAUUGUCAACAUUUUAACGUUCUAUGUUGGCAGCAAGUUAUUAUUUACACGGUGAUUCCCUGUAUCUUCUUUAAGCAAAUCUUAGUUAAGGAUUUCCGUAGUUGUCAGGGAAAAUGUAUAAUGAAUGGUAUAUGCAUUUUCUUUAUUUCUAAACUACUUUACUUUUAGAAUAAUUGAAAAAGAAUAGUUUGGGUUUGUACUUACUUGAAUUGGAUAUUUCAAUUAUAAUUGUUGUGUUAAUAUGCUUCUAAUCAUUUUGAAUCACUGUUCGCAUUGACAUAAUUUAUAAAUUUUCAUUUACAUUGCAUCGAUGGAUACAAGGAAGAAAUCCAAAUAUUCUUUGCAUGUCCACCGCUUAAACAUGCAACUUUGGGAUUAUUUCUACUAUGACAAGGAUUUCCAUUGUCAAUCUUUGGAAGACUUAUGUUUCAUUGACAUAUGGUCCAAGAUAUGAUUUUACAUUAUGCAGUUGUUGAAAAUGAAAUAUCUAAAUUUGUAGAUAUUCACCGCAUGGAAACACCACUUUAUAAAUCUUUUUCCAUUAAAUAUUGCAAUGAUUAUGAUUGAAAUCAUUGUUUACCAUCGGCAUGGAAAAGAUUAAUCUCCGUCUCAGACAUUCUAUAAGAAAUACAACAUAGAGAACAAGAAAAA